CGAUCAAUUACCUUUCUUGAUGCAAACUUGGACCAUUUGAUCUGCGGAGCCUCCUAGUCUGCUCGAAACCGGGACCCACGCUCCUUACGCGUUCUAGCACAUCGUUCUCCUUUAUGCUUGUUUUCCACACAUGUACUCCACUAAAGAUAGCCAUGUCUCAAGCGUCCUUACGGCCUCAGCUGCAGACUCCGAUCAUGUCAAGCGAGUCAAGGGCGUAAAGUUUGGGUUCACUGUCGAGGAACCGUUGAAGUGGGUGGUGUACCGAGCCAAAGUGUGGCAUCAUCAUGGGAAUUGUAUCCAUCCCCUUAUACAUAUAGGCUGCCCGUACGCCUCUCGUGGCUGGACGUUGUAUCUCCUCCCUUCCUUAAUUCCUCCCUCAUUACUUGGUUGCGUGUUUGAAGUCUCUGUCGUUUUCAAUUAUUAUUAUCAAUCAUGGACAGGACUACCAUCGCCAACUACGUCUUUCAGGACAAACCAUUAAUCACAAGCCAUCAUGAAGCCGCUCUUUCGAGUUGUUUAGAUGCUGCCAUCAACAACCCCUUUAUCAGCAAGACCAACCUCCUUGCUUCGAUACCUCUUUCAGCGGACACAGCUCUUCCUUCAUUACGGUUACUCACAUCAUUGAUCAACACCCUGCCUGGUUCCUGGCCAACAUUCGAUCUCUCGUGUUGUUUCUCGAGACUCUGGAACCUUCUCCCCGAGGACGUCAAAUCUGGUAGGGAUACACAACACAACAGCCUGCUAGAUGGCUUAUCACAGCAAAUGAAGAACACAUACACGGAUGUCUGCUCCCUACUUCCCGAAUCAGAUACCCCGGCAAUCUACGGUGCCUCUUCUUCGAACCCUCUGAACCACAAGAAGUUGCACAACUUCGUGAAAAACUUUAGUCUUCCAAUUCAGCAGACCGCCGGAACCAGAUCAACCGUUGCCUUGGCCCUCCCGAACGGACCUGUGCUCGGAUUAGCUCUCUUGGCCACUUCCACCUACUACACAGCAGCACCAGUAACAGUGGCUUCAGGACCGGAGCAGUUCCAAAGCGAUGUCAUGCAAGCAGGAGCCAGCGUAGUCCUAGUCACAAAACCGGAUGUUCAGAGACUAGGCCUACAAGAUGCUUGGGUCCAUGAGGCUGGUAUCCAAGUCAUUUUGGUUGAAUCCAAAGAAGACUCUACCUUCAACAUGACAUUUAGCAAUGGCUCGCCUCUGGUCGUCAACUCGAAAGCUUCGCCCAACGGAUCUGAUGACAUUGCACUUGUACUAUUCACAUCAGGCACUUCCGGCAAGAAGAAGGUCGUCCCUUAUACUGUUCACACCAUCAUAUCUGGUGUAGCCUUCGUCAUCGAGUCCUGGGGAUUGACCAAAGACGAUAUUUGCAUCAACAUGAUGCCCCUCUUCCACGUCGGUGGUAUUGUCAGAAAUCUAUUCGCUCCCAUCAUGGCCGGUGGCUCUACAAUUUGCUGUCCAGCAUUCGAUGCCAACCUCUUCUGGGAUGUCGUGGAAGACCUUCAACCAACCUGGUACUACGCAUCACCCUCAAUGCACUCGGUGAUCCUGGAAGAAGGCCGCAACCGUCCAUCAGCGCUUGAGAACAGCAAGAUGCGUUUGAUCUGUAACGCAGCUGGUGGUCUGUUGCCAUCACUUGCAAUCACGCUAAGGGAUACCUUCAAGUGCAUUGUUCUCCCCAGCUAUGGUAUGACCGAAUGUAUGCCCAUCUCAAGUCCACCUCUUAAUUACCAACUCGACCGAUCUGGAACUUCUGGAAUCACUGUCGGACCGGAUAUGGCUAUCCUGGAUGGAAACGACAGCAGAUUACCCAUCCACACUGUGGGUCGCAUCGCUGUGAGAGGCGCACCGGUUUUCGGCGGAUAUCUCAAGGAGAACGACGUACUGGACACUUCAUGCUUUACUGCCGAUGGCUGGUUCGACACUGGUGACAUGGGCUAUCUGGAUGCUGAUGGCUACCUAUACGUGACUGGUAGAAGCAAGGAAGUCAUCAACAGAGGCGGUGAACUGAUCUCGCCGUUCGAGAUCGAAGAAGCCAUUGUCACUGCUGCCAAGCGUGAGGGCAACCCUCUGUUUGGUCGUGUGUCCGCCGCUUUGGCUUUCUCUAUGCCGCACGAUGUACUUCAGGAAGUCCCUGGUGUAGUCUUGGUCACUCCCCUUGGUGCUUGCCGCGCAGAUAUCAAGACUGUGCAGGAGGCCUUGAAGGACUCUUUGAGCCAGGUCAAAUGGCCCAACUACAUCGUCUACAUGGACGACCUACCCAAAAACAACAACAAGGUCCUCCGCAUCAAGCUUGCCGAGCGUCUUGGCCUGGGCGAGAUUACUGACGACACACCUCUGGCGGACCGCCACUUUGAGGCCGCAUGUCCCCCACCCAACACUCCUCUCAGUACCCGUAUUGGUGGUUCAAUCUGCUCGUUCGACGCAGCCUACGUGUCUCGCAAGCUUUCAUCCGUUUUCGGUACCGAAUUCGAUAUUGCUGUUAGAAAGGCGUCUCACGAUGGAUACCCUGAGGCUUUCUUUGCCCCUCGCAAAAACUCAACCGUCACACCGGUCAUGUCGAGCUACCCUAGCUUCGACUCUCUUCUCCGCACCCAGCUCGAUGGAUACCUAAUUCCCAGCAAAUUGCAUUGCCUUGACGUCCCUCUGCCUAGAGACAGAGAGGGAUCGCUUGACAAUGCUCAGCUAGAGACCUUGAUCGAAGACGGCCCUGAUGAGAUUGCUAGUGACAUGAGCGCCACCGAGGUCAAGAUUGCCGAAGUCUUCGUCCGCAUCCUAUCUUGCGCUGCUUCCGAGCUCACUCCCGAUUCGGACUUUUUCGCUUUGGGUGGUGACAGUCUGCGUGCUGGACGUCUCCUGUCCGAACUCCGCAAAGAGUUCAAGGUCCGCUUGCCCAUCGAUUUGCUCUUCGUGCACAGCAAGAUCAGCGCAUUGGCCAAGAACAUCGAUGAGAUGCGUGGUCCUACCGAUGAGAAGCAUACCACCAUCGAGAUCGAGCAGGCUCCUGUCAAUGUUGGCUGCGAGAAGACAUACAGCUCCACCAACCCCAUUGUCCUUCUGAUUCAGCUCUUCCCCAUUGGCUUGCUCUAUCCCAUGAAGCGUGCACUGACUUGGACCUGUUUCAUGUACAUGCUCAGUGCCACUCGUGACUGGAUCACUUCCACAAGACUUAUCGGCCGUCUCUUCAACCUGAUCCUCGCACUCGGUAUCGCCAAAGCCAUCACCAUGGUUGUCUGCCCUAUUCUUGCCAUCUUCCUCAAGUGGAUGAUUGUUGGCAAGUACAAGGAAGGCAUGUAUCCCAUGUGGGGUCCCUACCACACGCGCUGGUGGGUCACCGACAAGAUUAUUACAAUCCUCGGCAAGGGUAUCUUUGGUCAGUCAGAGAUCAGCACCAUCUGGUAUUACCGUCUCAUGGGAGCAAAGAUUGGCAAAGGUGUCAAGAUCCACAAGCGCACUACCAUUCGCGAGUUCGAUCUCGUCACUCUCGAGGACGGAGCGAACUUGGACCAAUGUAUCUGCAGAGGCUUCGGUGCCGAGCAGAACACCAGUAUGUUCCUUGGCCACGUUCGUGUGGGCAAAACAGCCAGCGUUGGUCUCGCCUCGAUUGUCGCUCCUGGAACUUCUGUACCUGACAAUGCUUGCAUUGGCCCCAACUCCUCGAGCUGGGAGAGCGAAGAUGCCAGCGAGGAGUUCCGUGACCUGUCUUCCAGCAAGAUUCCUGGUGCUCACCCCAUCCUCUCCUUCUUGUUCAUCACUCCCAUCUCUCUUUUGGUCGCUCUUUGCAAGAGCGGUCCCUGGAUUGGUGGUCUCGUUGGUCUCGUCCUGACCCAGCCCAAGCCCACUGCAGACAAGGUUCAGUCGAUCAUUUUGUGGUUUGCCGUUCCUCAUCGUAUCGGGUGGCACUUUGCCGCAAAGAUCUUCGGUGCUGGUGCAGCUCCUCUCACGUGGUUCUUUGCCGUUUGGGUCAUCAAGAAGGUUUUGGAUAUGAGCAUCGGUAAACUCACCCCCGGACCAGCCCAGUCUAGAUCCCAAGCCCAACGUUUCCGUAUGGCCGUGCUCAAAGCUAUCGCACCACCAGCCGCAUUCCACAAGGUCACUGAGCUCUUUGGUGGACAUUACGAGGCGACGUCAGUCCUGUAUCGCGCCAUGGGUGCCAAGGUCGGUCAACGCGUGUACUGGCCGGGUACAGGACCUUCAUUCCAGGACUUCGACCUCCUCGACAUUGGCAGUGACAUUGUCUUCGGUUCUCGCUCUCAUCUCGUGACAUCUGAUGGCACUGGUAGUGAUUAUGUUCGCGUCCAGGAUGGCGCCAUGAUCUCGGACCGUGUCGUGUUGUUGCCUGGUGUCACCGUUGGUAAGAAGAGUGUCCUUGGUAGCGGUGCUUUGACCCGCAGAAACAAGUACUACGAACAGGAGAGUGUUUGGGUUGGAAGCAAAGCUGGUGAGGCCAUCUGUCUCAGUGGCAACAAGCGACCUACCACCUCGGAUACUGGCAACGUUCAGCAUGGCAUGCCCAGCUUGAACAGCACCACCAACUCCAGCAGCGUGACUCUUAGCGAAAAGGAAAAGGCCGAUAAUGACAAGGCAAUCCAGGAAGGUGUGUUGAGCAGCAGUUCGUCGAUGACAAUGGUCGAGAAGGACAUUGCAGCCAAGUCUUCGUCGCCCUUCGGUCGUGCCUUCUACGAGGGCCAAGCUCCCUACCACGUGUUCGGACCCUGGACCAUCUUCCUCUACUCGACCUUCACAACCAUCUUUGUCGCCUUCUACUGGAACAUUUCGUCGAUUGGCGCUCUGCAACUUGUCGCCAAGCUCAUCAAGACUUCGGACCCUGUCCACCAGCCCGACACUCCCUUCCGCCCCGUACUCAUCUUCGCUCUCUUCGCCGCCUUCAUUGCCGUCUUGCACACAUUCCAAGCACUUCUUGCUCUUACCAUUGUCGUCGCCGCAAAAUGGAUUCUUCUUGGUAGACGCCAGGUCGGCAACUAUGACUGGGACAAGAGCAGCUACUGCCAGCGCUGGCAACUCUUCCUUACAAUCGAGAAAUUGCGUCGCGUCUGCUACGGCGGAAGCGGUGUCAUCGGCCUGCUCACCGGCACCCACUAUGCAGUCAUGUACUUCCGCGCUCUGGGUGCCACCAUCGGCAAGGACUGCUCUCUUUUCUCCGGCGGUCUUCCUUCGCUCAUGUUCACCGAGCCCGACCUUCUCACCCUUGGUGACCGUGUCGCCGUCGAUGAUGCAUCCCUUGUCUCUCACAUCAACUCUCGUGGUGUCUUCAACCUGAACCCUCUGGUCGUCGGUGAUCGCAGUGUCCUAAGAAGUGGCGCUAGACUGUUGUCUGGUGCCAACAUGGGCCAGGACACUAUGCUUCUUGAGCACACUCUGGUCAUGGCUGGUGACAUCGUCGAUGAUGGAACCACAUAUCAGGGAUGGCCCGGUGAGGUCUAUGAGGGUAGAGACCGUGCCCCUCUUCGCAAUGGCCCAGUCACCGUCAUCGCCGAGGCUUAACCAUCAUUCUCCCUCUCUCUUUACGUUUUUCCUACUUUCUCAAAGUUCAUUGCUUUUGCCAUCCAUUGGCUUUUUAUACCCUCUACGCACAAGUCGUCUUUCGUUAUCAUUUUCUCAGGCAUUUCAUAAUCGCUUUUUGUCCCUGUUGAUACAACUCUUGUCACGUUUCAUCUGUUAGCCAGCUUUUAUGGAUUGCUUUUUAAGCGUCAGGUGUUUAUAUAUAGAUCGGCUGUCACAUAGAAUUAUAUCAUGAAAUAUUCUUACCACA